AUGGCGGCUCCGUUGGUCGGAAGUCAGUUGUUUUCUCCAUUUCGAGCCCUUGGAUUUGUGGCAAAUCAUGUUCCAUUGACUUUACAGACACAAGGAACAGAAACUCUUGUGACCACUGCUGUUGGUUCAGCCUUUCACGUUUACAGUGUAAGUAUAUUCUAGCUUAGUUUUCAUGACAGAUCCACGCGUGUAAACAAAGUUGUAACUGCAUGUAGCUUACUUCAUUCACCCUGACAUUUUUUUCAUCUCUCUUAUCUUUUAGUGUGCGAAGUUAAAUCUUCUCUUUGUUGGUGAGUUUGAUGAUUUCAAGUAUUAUUGAAGCCUUACAUGUAAGGAAUAAAAUGAGAUCAUAGUAAACUUUUGACCACCCUUUGAUUCAAUUUAAUUUCCGACAGUAACAAAACGUGUUAAUUAAUAUCAACCAAGUCGCCAAAUGUAUCAGAUGAAAGAAAAAUGUUUACAUUUAGAAAUUAACUGGUAUUUAUAAAUUAAUUCUGAAGUCUGAAGGCUACUCAAAACUUGCUACUUGUUAAUGACUAUAUAAAUGUAUUAUUGUAAUAUGCAGGAUUGCUUAAAUCCGGUGAAAUAUCAUGUUUAUCAUCACACGGAGACUUGGUGAUUACAGCUUCUGGAAAUCAGUUGAUUUCUUGGAAAAGAGGAAAACAGGUUUGUUUCGAAACUGAUCACGUUUUUGAUGAGUAAGGAUUCUCAAUCAUAACCAUCUUAAUGACAUCUUAUUAUUAGUGAUAAUAUAGAGAACAAUAAUUCACCAAAGUGGUGGUGAAUAGUGGUAGUGGUGACUGCAAAGAUCGCAGAUGUUUAACUGUAUCUAGUGGUACAUUAGACAGCCAGCUGAGGGAGUGCAAAGCAUAUACCAGAAAGUAUAUACCAUAUACAUGCAAAAUAUAUACCACAAAGGUGCCAAAAAAUAAGUUCACUUUUUUCAAUAUACUGAAAAAUGGUUGGAAAUGAAACUCUUGAUGCGUGAUUUUGUCUAAUCAUGAGCUCGAAGGUGAAUAGUACUUGCUACUCACUUCCAACUAGCCUGAAUCAGUAUUUGCAAAAAGCACUAUUCUCUUGUGAGGUAUAAUUUUAUACUAGAUAUUUUGUUAUCAGUGUUAUUAUUACUACUUUUAUUCCGAUUAUGUCCAUUUAUACAUAAUUAUACUUAGCUCCAAAGAACAGAAGCAAAAAAUCAGGGCAGUUUGAAAAACCUCUUAAACCAGGGGAACUUUCAAACCAUAACAAAGAAGUGUAUUUACUAUUACAAUCAUUUUACUUGUGGGUUUAGAUAUGAGAUGGUAGACAGCCAACUGGCAUGUGCAAAAUGAAGAAAUAUUACAUUAUAGACUUACAAUAGACUUGUCAUUUAACCAUGGUGUAAAGCCAUGUAUUUCUUAAUUUUAUGCAGAUAAGUAAUGAUCAGACUAACUGGCUUGUAACUUAAUCAAUCCAUGUUUUAAUGGUGUGUUUUGGUAACUUUUUUUUUUUUUUGGUUUAGGUUGCUGUGUUGGAGGGACACAAGAGAGACAUUCACUUCAUCUUCUCAUUUGGUUCAAAUUUAAUAUCUGUUGAUGAAGACAGCACAGUCAGAAUAUGGAUUAUUGAAACAACAGGUACAUGUUCAUUUUAUUCAGGACUAUUUUAUCUGAUUACAUUGUAUAAGUAUCAAAGUACUGAGAGCUUGAUGACAUGUAUAUCAAGGUAUUUGAAUAGGCUCAAAUAAUUAUUCAAGGGAAACUGAAUUUGGAAAAAGGUAAGGAAAGGAUCAGUUAUCAAAACUUUAAACCCUUUCAGGCUGGUAAUUUACAUGUCACUUCUGCCAAUAAUAUCCAUACAUUAUCCAGCAAACAGGUACUGAGAAUACUUAAACUUAUCAGGUAGAAGUUAUCCUGAUCUAGCCCCGAAUUCUCACAAUUAAUUUACAAGGAAGUGUGUAACAGUUAUAGGGGAGAAGCCAUUAAUCAGUUAAAGUGUGAGAGACAACUUAGUGGUAGUAAUCAUGAGAAGUAUGGAGAUUUAUCUGUGAUCAAACUUAAUUCUUAGUUCCUCCUUUAUUGAAUCCAUCUUUCAAACAUUAUUUUUGUAGAAUUGUACCUUGAGAUGGAAUUUAAUGCUGAAAACUUCUACAUCACCUGUUUGAUGCAUCCCAGCACAUACCUUAAUAAGAUCUUACUGUGCAGUAAGCAAGGCCAGAUGCAACUGUGGAAUAUAAAAACAAAGUAUGUGCAUACCUCUUCCUCGAUUACUCUCUAUAUAUGUAUAGCACUGAGUUACAAAGAUCCUAAUAAAUUGUGAAGCCUCAGUGUAGGCAAGCAAGGUGUGCAGAGCUGUCAAACUAGUCCUCUACUGCCUGUCCUCUAAAUUUAGCUUAUUAAGCUUUAGUUGUUUUAAUUAAUUUUGAUAAUUUUAUGUUAUUUCCACAGCAAACUUAUUUAUACAUUUUCUGGAUGGUCAGAGCCAAUAACUGCUGUGGAACAAGUAAGAUGUAUAUUUUUUAAACUCAGCUUUAGAAUCUAAAAAGAAUAUUUUAUGACAAAUAACUGACUAGACAUCAUUGUACUGAUUGAAUCGCUUUUUGUCCAAAUCCUCUGUGCUGGUGAUUUGCCUGUUACUCUCCUUUACACAUAAGAACUUCUCAUCAACUCUUCCUCCCUACAUACCCUUAAAUUCCUCCAUCUUGCUGCACAGGAGGGGAGCUCAUUAUUUUUGCCCCGACUAAAUGGACAAGUAAGAGCUGCAUUUCAACUCCCGCUAGAGACAGGGUUUUCAAAAGGCUUCAAAGUUUACACAGCUUUAUGCUGGGGGUGUAGACAGAUGAAGAAGAAAAUGAAGCAAGGUUAAGUGCAUCAAUUAAAAUGUAAUGAAAGAGACUAAAUCCCAAGGUAGAGACUGAUAACUCAAUGGGUGCCUCCCUUCACUGAGACCCUUGAGGUACACACACUUUUGAAAUGUCUCUUUAUAAUAUCAAUGCAUUUACGUGGCAAUCACAUCAUCAGUGUAGAAAAAAUUGUCAGCUAGAUUUGUUAUCUUGAUAACUUGAUAAGAGAUGAAAUCCUCAUGUAUGAUGUAGAGAGAAAUUUAUAACAGCUAGAAAGGAGUAUUUUGACUUAGAACUUGUGGUUAGCCAUGAAGACUUAAUAGAAUAUUGUCUAUACAUUUGUCCGUACAUCUAUGUUGACUGGACAAAAAUUUACUGAGAAAAUGAACCAACUGCUCAACUUUAGGCUUGGAGGUCCAAAAUAGUAACUUAAGAUAUUUUUGUGCACAUGUACAAAAUAUAUUUAAGAAAUGACCUUAAUGCUCAACUUUGGGUCAGGAGUCCAAUAAGUUUUGAGGUACAUGUAUGUGCAACAAAUGAACAGCAUUUACAUGUUAAUAUUUUUGGUUUGCAUUUACUAGGCUCCUGCAGUUGAUGUGGUUGGCAUUGGCCUGCAGAGUGGAAAAAUUAUCCUCCAUAAUCUCAAAUUUGAUGAAACAGUUAUGAGUUUUCAUCAGGAGUGGGGUCCAGUUAUAGGUUUGACUUUCAGAACAGGUAUGAGGCUAGUAAGACCAUUCUCACAAUUAUUUUUGUUUCCCAUUGCCUUCCCCUUGGUUACUGUGGGUGACAAGUGGUUGAAAAAAUGAAAAAUAUGUACUGUAAUAAAAAGAGAGAAAAAAAAGAAGAAUUAAAAGAGGGAGUGUGAGUUUAUGAAAAGCUUCUAUAUGUCUUGGUUUUCUAUUUUUUUCUAUACCCAGCUUGUGACAUGAUAUACAAGCUACAAGGGUGAUUACUGUAUGACUGAUUCCAAAAAAAUGCAAAGUCUUGAUCUUCUUCUUCUUUAAUAUGAUGCUGAGAAUGUUUUCUUUUUUAAUUUUACAAAAAUGAGUCAGUUGAGCAAUGGGAAAGAACAAUUUGAGGAUAAGGCCUAGCUAGUAGAAAUAAUUUAGCUUCUGACUAGGUAGUAGUCAUGAUUCCCUGCAACUUGAGGCAAAGGGUGAGAUUUUUUCUUGAGAGUUUCUUAGAUUGAUUCUGCAAAAGUCUGAAGAUUUGCAAAAGUGUUUUAGGGGGUUUCUCUGACAGAAGGAAAUAUGACCUGGAUGAUAGCUUUUGUUCAGGUUGUUUAAGCCUCAGUCACUACCACAGACAACAGACCUUUUCAGAACUACUCUCAUCCAGAUCAUCAGAUUACAUAAUAAAAGUGAAAUUUGAUAAUUUUUGCACAAUUUAAUGGCAGGAAAGCAUAAACGCUGACAAUUUAUUGUUUUCUACAGAUGGAAACCCUAUUAUGGCAUCUGCCAGUACAGAGGGCCACAUUGCAUUGUGGGAUUUGGAAAAACGUCAACUUAGCAGCACUUUACGUGAUGCCCAUAAAGGAUCUGUCUGUGGUAUGAAAUUCCUUUCCUCACAACCUCUCUUGGCUACAAAUGGUCCUGAUAACUCUUUAAAGGUAUAGUGUUUUGAUUAUUCUUGUCAAGACAAGCAUUAAUAACAGACGUGUAUUUUUAAUGUACAAAUUUGGGUUUCUCAGUCAUACUUCAAAAUAAUAUUAAUUCUGCACACCACCAAAUUAUCUGGUUUAAGAAAGUCCAGAGCGACUGAAUCAAAUUUUAAUUGAAGUCACUUUGUAUAGUAAAAUAGCCCACUAGGAUUUUCCUGAACAGAACUAUAAUGGUUUUAAAAUGAUUAUUGAUACAAUUUUUGAGAAUUUGCACGAUUCAUUGUCCAAAUUGUCGUUUGUGAAAAAGCUGUUUCACGUCUUCCCUUGUGUCUUAUAAUAACAAAAAAAAACUCUUCAAUGAAUAUGCAGUAAAAUGAAUAUCAGUAAAAAGCACCUUUAGCUGAUUCUUCAAGACUUUUUGCGGGACAGCCUUUUUUGAGUAAAUCUAGGAAGGCAAAAUGUUACUACAGCUGGAAAGUACCUCUCUGUGUUGGAGAACUGGAAAUGGAAAUGAUUCAAGUUUUCCUUCAGUUUUUUCACAGUAACUUAUUUUAUUUGAUUAGAUAUGGAUAUUUGAUCAGCCAGAUGGGAGUGGAAGACUCUUGAGGUCUCGUUCAAGUCACAGUGCUCCUCCAACUAAGAUUCGCUUCUACGGAAAUAAUGGAUUUAAUAUCCUCAGUGCAGGUAUUAUACUGAAAGUUGGGGUUGCGUCAUUAGUCAUAAAUGCUCAAUACCUGCAUGCAGAGCUAAGCUGAGUGGUUGAAACAUGCUACGUAGAUUCAAGCGAACCAAAAAUCACAAUGACCUUUCCCUUCAUCGAGGUAUUUUGUAAAGCUGCAAAACUCUAGAACAAAUAAUUAUCUUUCCAGUCGGCUCUCUUAAUCUCCUCAAUAUCAACGAACGCUUUUCAUUCAACUAAUUUGCUCAUGUGUUUUUUCACGUUACCAUGUUCCCAUCAAUAGCGUAGCUCCAUCCUUCUGUAUAUAAACCACACUCAAGCCACAAUUCCUUUAUUCGCCCUGACGAAGGGAUAACGCUCGCGACGUCUGCUUUUCAAACACUUUACGAUGGCCAAUUAACAUUAUGAAAGCAAACUAUCUCGUAAAUCGCCAUGUCUAUGGUGUCCUAACCCUCACAUGCACGCAGUUUUGGUACUGGUGUUUAAAGAAAAAAGUGAAAACAGCUUUUAUUUACAAUACUUUGUGUACAUCAUUUUUAGGGCUGGAUAGGAGCUUGAGGUUUAUUUCUGUUAUCAAAGAUGAACGAAGCUGUGAAUUUUCACAAGGUCAGUCAGCAUUUGAGGAUAUACGAUGGCUGAGGAACCAAGCACCCUAAUCCAUAACCAUCCAUGUAACUUGCCCUCUCGGUGUUUGCCUAAAAACACCAUACUGUUAUUCUAAGUUAAAAAGCAAUGCCCAACAGCCUUAUAAACAGCUCAAAAUACUAUCACUUGGCGUGUUCUUAUUAAGAGGGCAGAUUGCAGCUACAAGAUCAAUUCUGGCUCUAGAGUGUUAACAUAUAACUCAACCUCUCCCUCUCUGUUAGAAAUUGUUUUCAGCUCGGAGUGCUUAAAACUCAGUCCCACAUCAGUGGUGAUAAACAACUUCUAAAAAGGAAUUAUCACUUAUAAAAGACUAGAGAUAGCUAUGGUUUUUUGCCGUAGAGUUCCUGUUGACACCAAAUUUUGUUUGGAAAUAAAACAAGUGGCGCAGAUGAUUAAUUUUACUUCUUACUGGCUUUUAAUUGGAAUGAAUGGAUAAGACAUGUUCGUACCUAUUGAAGCUAACUCGCAGAUGUCAAAAACAUACAACUUCUCACAUCCACCAAAGAAAAGUGAUGAUAAUAGACAAAUUGGUUAGUUAUGAAAUGCGUUGUAACUAGAAGACUUUUAAUCAUUCACUGAUCAGAUUUUGGGAACAAAAAGGUAAACUGCUUCCUGUCGCUCAUUUUUUUCAGGUUCAUUAACAAAGAAGUCCAAGAAUCGUGGAGUGCAUAUAGAAGAUUUGAAAUUAGCACCUAUUGUGGACUUCGCCUCUGGUAUGUGCUCACAGAAUAACUGAUCAAGUUAUUGCAACUUUUCUGGUACACUCUCGUUGGAAACACUCGGAUUUUUGCGCUCUAAGAAUGCCUUCCUCAGACUUCUCAUAGAUUGAAAGAGAACAUUUGUGGUAAAGUGUGUGUGAAGUUUAUGUUACACUGUGUCUGAGAAUAAUGUCUUUAGACAGCAAAUCCAAAAAGUUAGUGCAAGAUAACGAACAGCGGCUGAACGAAGUUAUCUUUGAUGUCGUUUUUUAGAGGCUGUGCGCGAGAGUGCAUGGGACAACAUUGUCACUUGUCAUCAGGGAAAAAAAGAAGCCAGAACAUGGAGCUUUCAGAGGAAGUGCAUUGGUAAACAUAACCUGAAAUCUCGUGCUGGGGAAAAUGCAGGACCUGUUACGGUUUGUAAUUUUGUUUUUUAUUUCGUUGGAGAGGUUGAGGUGUUAUCGUUUGUCGCACCAUGUAGUCACUUAUGUACUUGUAUGAUGUGGAUCGCGAUGUUUCUAAACACAUGUUCAAAACACAGGCGUCCCAAGCUCACGUCUCGAGAUAAAGCAAAAGAUUAAUUCAUGAAAACAUCAUGCAUUAUGUGACGCAGAGUAAAGUUACGCGAGGAACCAUAUCUCUUUCUCCAUAAUAUUCCUUACAACGUGUUCGUGUUCUCAACGGUUCCUUGCGUAACUUAACAACGCGUCACAGAGCGCGUCACAGAGCGCGUCACAGAGCGCGUAACGCUUUCAUGGAGUAAUCUUUUGCUUGGGAUGCCUGUGGUUGGAAAUGGACCAAUCACAGCCGUUGAAAACCACCAAAGCGGAGAGGAACGCUUUAUUAGUUGGUUUGUACUUCGAUAUUCUUUUUCGUUGUAUUUAUCGUUUGUUGCACUGUGUGAUCUCGUAUAUGCUAUGGAUUGUGACGUUUCGAAACACAUUUUCUAAAUGCGCCGAUUACAGCAGAUUGUUUUGGUUGCCAAUUAGGAUUUUUGCUUCUAUCUUCGUGUUUUGUAAAGUUGGUAAACAGCAAUAGAGUAAACUGUGUAAAACACUGAAUCCUUUGUAAACUUUUUGAUCCUCAGACCACAGCUAUGAGCUCUUGUGGGAAUUUUGCCAUCGUAGGAGACGCCCAUGGUAAUGUGGAUAUGUUUAACAUUCAGUCCGGAAUUCACAGGGGAUCCCUUGGGGAACCAAAAGGUUUGUUUGAGACACCUCUUAUUCGCCAUAUUGCGCGGGAAGAAACGGCACUCCAAUGUUUAGCGCGCUGGAUCGAGAGGUCUGGGUUGGAGAGCUGGCCGAAUCAUUGUGCAGUGUUCCUGACUAAGACACUCUGCUCUUCACCCAAGAGCCCAGUUGUAUAAAAGUAGAUUUAAAAAAAUCCGACAGAUGAUUCGCUGUACAGCGGAUAAGUGUCAUCAAAGCGUAAUGCGUUAUCCAGUGGGUAGAGAGUUAUUCAGCGGUUAGUGUUAUUCACCCUUCGAACAACCGAGGCUAGGAGCUUAUAUGGGUAACGACAACCUGUUAAGAGAGCUUGACGCAAUUCUAGUCGGGGGGGGGGGGGGUAGGGGACAACCUGCGAUGGAGUAGCAUUCUAUGGGGGGGGUGUGUAGGGGACAACCUGCGACGGAGUAACAUUCUAUUCGGAGGGAAUAGAGACCUAAAUCGACUGAAGAAACACACCUAUGAGAGAACUGUAUUUCUGCGUUGCCUCUCUUGUCUGCUAAGCGCAAUAAACGAUGUAAUUUUUCUAUCGUUUGCUUUUCAGCGCACAAUGGUCAAGUGAGGGGCGUGGCUAUUGACAACAUCAAUCAACAAGUGAUGACUGUAGGAGCAGAUUGUAAGUUAAAGGUAAAGUGGCAACUUUCUAUGUUCAAUGUUUGCGUCUAUUUUGGAAGUAAGUUAAAUUUCUUUACAAGAAUAAGGCUUUCCAGCAAGAUUAUGCAGCGAAAGCCUUCUUGAGAUGAAAACAUUUUAGAACAACACCAAUUUUGGCGUUAUCUUUCUCCCUUUUCUACCCUUUUUUCACCUUCAUCACAAAACAAUUAUGUGUUAAGUCAUUUAAAACAAAGAUGUUAGAAAUUUGUGUCCUAUGUUUGAAUUUAAACCCGAGCCAGUUCCGAUUUCAUCGUCGAAUGCAGAGUUACUCGGAACUGGCUUCUGUGCACGGUCAUGUAAAGGCUCGAUUUCCAACGAUUUCUAGUGUCGAGUCUUCGUUCCUUCCGAGAUGGAAACUUUUCGGGGAUGGAGCUUGGGCUCACUUCCUGAACUUCGGCUGGUAGUCGAGCCAGGGCCAUAUACUUGGCUCAUUUGCGACAAGCUUCCUCCAUGCUGCUGGAAUAAGCAAACUUGAAAGCGUCGUAUGUGGAGGUAGACUAGAAGAGGUGGUUAAUUUUGAGCUUAGUUGUCUCAUAAGGAAUGAUGUUAGAUGCAUGUUAUUUGUGACAUAUGUCUUUUUCCUUGCAGUUUUGGAAUUUUAAAGCUCGGAAUCUUCUUCAGAAAAUGUCGUUUGAGUCACCUAUCACACAGAUUUUAUUACAUCGAGACAGGUAUGACCUGAGAUGACUCUUUGAGUUUUAAUCGCUAAUUUGUGCAACAGAGUGCACACGUUUCAUUGACUACUUUUUCUCCUUUCGCAGUUCUUUGCUGGCCGUCUCUUUUGAAGAUUUCGAAAUCCACGUUGUUGAUGUCGAUAUGAAGAGAGUUGUGAGAAUAUUUCAAGGUCAUACAAACAGAAUUACUGAUAUGGUAAGUAAAGCCCCAGGCCUACAUCGUCUAAAGAGUGCUUUCGAAACUAUGUUGUGUCGUUCGAAAUCUUUAAGCUCGUUCUGGUUAAGUGCCAUUCGCGUUUUAAAGGAGUUACUUUACGUUACGUUUAGUAAUGUUGAGUGCCUUAAAAUGGAAUGAAACCUUGAAAUGAUUAUAUGUUUGGGAAGACAAACACUAAGAAAUAAAGGUAAAAAUAAACCUACAAGGAACAAGGGGUGGUCAAGGAUGGUCAAUGAUGGCCAUGGAUGGUCAAGGAUGGUCAGGGAUGGGCAAGGAUGGGCAAGGAUGGAUAAGAUUGACACAUAUGGAAAAUGACGAAUCUCAAGAAAUUACGGAAGCUUCUUUGAAUCAGCCCAUUCAGCUCUCCUUAGUUCCCUGUGAUUGAGUCCUUUUCCCCUCCUCUUCGCUCCCUUGUUCUGACUGACUUUGUAGACAGCUACGUUUAACUUCACAUGGUUAGAUAUUUCGUUAUUAAUGUACAAGUUAAAGUAAUCAGGAAGUGGUCUUAAACAGAGUCGAUUAUUACCCUUCUUAUACAGACUUUUUAGAGCUAAUGACAAUUCUAUUUUGGAUUUCAGUCCUUUAGCCCAGACUCCCGUUGGUUGAUAACGUCGUCAAUGGACUCGAGUGUGAGAACCUGGAGUCUACCGGCUGCAAGGUAAAGAACUUAGUGUUUGAAGAGGACGUGGCCUACAUAUUAAGUUAACAGAAAAACGAAACAAGCAUGCAAAAAGAUACACGAUAAACUAACCGAACAAUAGACAGACCUUCAUUGAAAUUGGAAGCUGUAGAACCCAAUACAGUUAAGAAUUUGACGCGAUCUUUUUUUUUAUCCUUCUCGUGGCGAUAAAAUGAUGAUGUGGAUAAGCCCAAAUCAGAGUUUUCAGCGAAACUGUAUCGCGCUCAGGACCGCCAUGUUUGAGGUUGUUUGUACACCAGUGUUAACGGAUAUAUUUUGCUUUUCACUGCACACAGUAGAAUUAUGAAUGCUAUGAACCUACUCAUUAUCGGGGUUUAUGUAUAAACGCUCCUAAACGGAACAUUUUAAAUGUCAAAAGCUUGUAUUUAAUUCAGUUACUCAAAUAGCGCUCCUUUUUUGUCAGGCUAAUAGACUGCUUUCUGGUGGAGUCACCCGUCACUAGUUUAGCCAUGUCACCCAUAGCAGACUUCCUUGUGACUACACACGUGGACGACUUAGGAGUGUAUUUAUGGUAAGAAAUGAAGUGGAACUCAAGUAGCCGUCCUUUUUUUAGCUCUACGAUCAUGAACGGAAGAAUAAAGUGCACAUGUGAGGAAUGACCUCCUCUCCCUCAAUUUUUGCAUUGAUUUUUUUCAUUUUCCACUGUUUUUGUAAUUUUGUCAUUUGUUUUAUUCAUUUGUAUAUCCACUUAUUUAUUUACCCAUUUAUUUUUUUUUUUUCUGCCAUCAAUAACGAGAGACGUAGUAAGAUCAAUAGAUUGAGGUUAUAUCCACAAUCGGGUCUUUGUUUUAUGUUUAUUGGAAGCGUCUUUGUGAAACCGAAGUAGAAAUAGGUGUAAGGGUGCACUUGACGAUUUGCUGGGAGGUAACCUAUGAUGAACUGACAUUCCAUCGUGGGUGGGGGAGGGGGGUUAGAAUUCCCUCAUGCUAUGUGAGACGAGAUGAGCUCAGACGGCGUGUGCUUCAUGACGCGCUUGAGCGACCCGCUUUCUUUUUUUCUUGUCUUUUUUAUGGUGGAUAUGAAAAUUGUACGAUGUCUGAAGCUUACAUCUUCCUUUUGUUUGCUAGGUCAAAUAAAACUUUGUACGAUGAAGUAUCAUUGAUUCCUCUUCCUGCCGAUUAUCAGCCGACUUUGGAAGAGCUGCCUGUUACAGGAACAGAUGCUGACAAAGGUAAAAUAACAAGAUCAAUCUUGGGUGAAAUCUGAAAUGAAGACUAGUUGUAGUCAUGACAUUUGGUUUUUUAUGGAACGGUGAAAGUGGAUGCCGAAGGUUUUGUUGAAGCCUAACGGGUUAAAAGGAACUUUUUCACGAUGCGUUCGUCUUGAAAGACCAUAUAACCUGAGAUGGCCAGUCUCGGAUUGAGUACUUUCUGACCAAAGGACUGCAAUUUCAAAGCCACUUAUCAAUAACCGCAGUUUAUUGCAUUUUUUUACGUGUUGACUUCUUCGCAUACGUAGUAAUAUUUUCAACGUCGUUUUAGAAUUUGGUGACGUAAAGGAGACCACAACUGAAGGAGAUAAUAAAUCUAGUACUGCCGACAACACAGCCAGUUAUAAGAGCCCUGAUCAGCUCUCUGAUGAACUUGUAACGCUGUCUCUUCUACCAAAGUCAAGAUGGCGACAUCUUACCAGCCUGGAGCUAAUAAAGGUAAUUGACGGUGUGUGUGUAUACUUCUCCUACUUUUCGUGCUGUUUUCCAAUCAACCAGUAAGUACCUAAUCUUACCUAAUUUCUUUUCAGAAAAGGAACAAACCACAGGAGCCACCUAAGGCGCCCAAAGCUGCUCCCUUCUUUUUGCCUACCACACAGGAACUGGUGCCUAAAUUCCUUCAAACUGAAGAAGAUCAAACCGAUGAAAAAGUGAGUUUUUCUCGCAGGGUGAACCCUAAGUCCAAAAGUACUUUCAUGCAUUGUAACAUGGAGAAGAGUCUGUGCCAGGCUCUGGCAAGGGAGCGAGUGCGCGUAAAUCGACAAAGAAAAAAGAGAAAGGAAACGCUAUUCAUUGAUUGGUUCUGACAGCCUAAAAGCACGCCACCUAGUCGUUACAACGUUCGCGCAUGCGGAGACAUUUGACCGCUGUAUUACUUGUGGUUCGCUGAUGCUUCUCUCUUCUCCUGACCGACUGAGAGCCUGCAACAGGGUAUAAACAGAAGUGAUUGAUCUGAAACUUCUCCUUACAAUGUCUAUACGAUACACAAAUAGGUGUUAAUAAUAGACAAACCCUGUACCCUGGACGGUGUUUUCUUGAUAAAACGUAAAAUUCUUUCAAUUACCUUCCAAGAAUCAUGUAUCAACGAGAAGAGAGAAUUACUAAUUAGAUACGGAAAAUUCAUUUAAACAUGCAUUGCCUUUGCUUUUUUAGGAUGCCAAGUCUAAAAUUCUAGACAUGAAACAGCUUGAACAAGCUUCAGAAUUUCAAAAGCUUUUGAAGGAGGGUUCGAACUCUGGAAAUUGUGAGUACUAGUAGCAAGCUGUUAUAGAGUAAUAAUGUUAUGGUGGUAAUUAGAUUUUAUAGAUCUACGCGAAUGUUACUUUCAGUCAGCUUCUUGAUAAUUUCCAAAAUCUUAACUGCCUGUGCUUUGUCGGUCGGUGCGUCGUUGGCCUGUAUGAGCCCACACUGAGAUAAGGUCAGCGAAGUAUUAAACAAUGUCGAUGAGUUGACAUGGUAACAGAGUGGCCUUCGUAGUUUUUAGGCAUGGUUUUGAUCAGAUAACACGAGGUGUCGUCGGGUUAGAAACCAUUCCGGAUAAAUUCACUUACUAACUUCACUUCGUUUUCCUAAUUGGCAUGUUAGAGAAGUGAAAAACAGGUCAGCCAUACUGGAAACUCAAUUGGUAAUAUAUAUUUCAUUUAGCAGAUAAUUUGGAUGAAAGAAAUUGCAGACAUUUAAGUAGUUAGAAUAGGAUAUUCCGCCAUUGUCAUGAAAAACUCUUAGAAUAUGGACAAUUCUAGAUCGUCAUUUCUUUGAGAAUAUGAGUAACACUUCUUAGACAUUUGAAAUUUAAAAUAAGUGUACUAUUAGAAUUUUUCUUCUCUUACAAUAAUUUGUGAAUUUCUGUCGCCAUUUGAAGAUGCGUACAAUAAGAAAAUAUUUCUAUUGGCUCGGUGGUACUCUAACGCACGAUGUUCGCUUUCCACAUUUCGACAUGCGAGCUUCGGCCAUAGCCGAUCUUUUACAGAUUCAUUCACGCAGUUAGUCGGAGUGAAGUCGGAUCAACAUUCGUUUUAAAUCGUGGGAAUGCGAAAAUUUAUUCCUUGUAGAUGAACUUUUCCUGGGGCACCUCAAGUCCAUGGGACCCUCCUCGAUCGAUGCAGAAAUUCGAUCUCUUGGUCCGUCGGCUGGUGGAGACGUCAAACUUGUUGAAGCUUUCAUGUUGUUCUUGGAGUACCAGCUACAGUCGCGGCGGGACUUUGAGUUCACUGAAGGUGUCAUGGGCCUUUUUCUCAAGGUAUAUUAUAUUCUGACACACAUUCAAACUCUUCUCUUAGUAUUCAACUUUCAAGCGGGGGGUGGGGGUGGGGGUGGGGGUGGGGGUGGGAGUGGCCAAACCCAAUAUGAAGAUUUUUAGACCAUAAUUUCGUGCGAUUGUGCAUUUUUUUCAACAAAAUUUAUCCAAGAUUGUCAUAAAGUAAGGUUAGGGACUAGCUGGAAGAGUUAAUAUUUUAAUCUUGGGACUACAUAGAGUUUAAAAUCACCUCUCAUGUUCUCUCUGUGUCUCUGAUGGCUGGGGAUGACUCUAGUGUCACACAGCUGGAUGUAAGAGGUGAGUACAAUGAAAACCAGCGUUUUUCUGUCUUAGAUAAAUAUUUGUUCGUCUUGGAGGAUUUUAGUUGGAAAUUCUAAAUGGGCUUCUGCAUAAACUCGGAUGCAAAGGAUGUGGUGCUCCACAAAAAAUAUGAAAGGCGCAUCACUUUUAACAAGGCACAGGUAGCAAAAUCCAUGCAAUGUCGGAUUAUUUUCCACGCGAUGAACAAUUGUUCCAAAACUACAUGGUAUAAUUCUGUUUAAUCUCGUAACCUAUAGCUCCAUGGCCCACUGAUUGCCGAGCAACCUGAGCUGGGAGAGGUAGCCGCUCGUUUGCUUGAAGAGCAUAAAGCAGCAUGGUCAACUAUCCGGGACUUAAUGAACCAGUGUUCUUGCCUGGUUAGUUACUUAAAAAGUGCUGUUAUAUGACGGACAAAGUGCAACAUCCAACAGUCGCUGACCGCAAUGACAGUGUGCCCGUGUGGAAGAAGUGAGGAUAUUUGCAUUCCCGCACAGUAUUAUUUUUGAGCUACCACGCUAUUUCAUCUUCGUCGAACAAGUAUUGGAGAUGGUGCGAUUACCGCCGAAAAACAUUACGCAGAG